AUGUCUGCUGAAGGAACCAAACCCCGCAGUCGAGUCUUCUUUGACAUUUCCAUUGGAAAAGACCCUCAAGGACGAAUCACUUUCGAAUUGUACGAUGAUGUUACUCCCAAAACUGCAGAAAACUUCCGAGCUCUUUGCACUGGCGAGAAGGGUGUUGGAAAGGCCGGCAAACCUCUCUCCUACAAGGGUUCCGGUUUCCAUCGUGUGAUCAAGCAAUUCAUGAUCCAAGGAGGUGAUUUCACAGCUGGCAACGGAACUGGUGGAGAGAGCAUCUACGGUGUCAAAUUCGACGAUGAGAAUUUUGUAGAGAAGCAUGACAGACCUUUCUUACUCUCAAUGGCCAAUGCUGGUCCAGGAACCAACGGAAGUCAAUUCUUCAUUACAACUGUUCCAACUCCCCAUCUUGAUGGCAAGCACGUCGUUUUCGGUCAAGUCCUCAGUGGUAAAAACAUCGUUCGCAAAGUCGAGAACAUGCCAACUCAAAAUGGUGACAAGCCAAACAAGGAAGUCAUCAUCACAGACUGUGGAGAGCUUACCGGUGACGAAGCUGAAUCUGCCGAUGCAAAGGUUCCCGAUUCUACCGGCGAUACAUACGAAGACUUCCCAGAAGAUAUGUCAACUCCUCCCACCGCAGAAGAAACCGUCAAAAUAGUUACCGAUCUUAAGACCUACGGAAACGCCGCCUUCAAAGACAACAAGCUCCCUCUCGCCCUCGACAAGUACGAGAAAGGUCUCCGUUAUCUCAACGAAGAACCAGACGUUACUUCUUCUCCAGCCGAAACUUCUUCCACCCUCUCAGCUCUCCGUUUCACCCUUAAUAGCAACUCUGCCCUCCUCCACAACAAGCUUAAGAACUUCGCCGAUGCCGAACGUACCGCUAGCGCCGCUCUCGCAGUUUCUGGUACCACUGAUACUGAUAAAGCCAAAGCUCUCUACCGUCGCGCAAUCGCACACGUAGGACUUAAGAAUGAAGAUGAUGCACUAAAGGAUUUGGAAGAGGCCAACAAAUUGGUUCCCGGCGAUGCGGCUGUUGUUAAGGAAUUAUCGGCUGUGAAGAAAAAUGCAGCGGAGAGAGCUAAGAAAGAAAAGGCUGCCUAUAGCAAGUUCUUCGCUUAG